AUGGCUUUCACGAUAUACCUGUUCCUCGCGGUAUUCGCGCUGCUGGGCGCAGCGCGCGCGCAAUUUGGCGACAUGGAGAUGUUUAGUCCGCGAUUCUACAUGGGAUCGCCGGCGCUGGAAAGACGACAAUCGGACGGCUGUGGAGCAGAUGCGUAUUCAUGCCUGGAUGUUGGGCGCCCCGACAAGUGCUGCUCAAAAGAUCAGUACUGUCUCCUAAAUAAAAAUUUCGAUGCCGAAUGCUGCGCAAUCGGCUCCCCCUGCGAUUCCCCUUGUCCCUCAACAGCCUAUGCAUGUCCCGCAACCAUCACCGUGAGCGGCACAAAGACCACAGGCCCAGGCUGCUGUGGGAGAAGCUGUCCCAGCACAAGCCAAUACAAAUGCGCCGAAUCGUUCGGCGGAGGUUGUUGUAGCUACGGCUUCGACUGCGCGCCUGGCAAGUCUUGUGUUUCAGCUGCUCGCCCAACAACAUCCCCUCCUAUUGUCGGGGUGAUCCCCCCGGGGUGUUCGAAGACAAACCAAUUCUCGUGCGCGUCGAGCCUUGGAGGGGGAUGCUGUGAUAAUGGAUAUAGUUGCAAGAUUUCCGAUGGUGUAAACGGGUGCGCGCCUGCUAGGGGGACAUCAAUGUUGACUCGGACAGGCACGGGUGGCAGCAUCGCUACGCAGACUCCGCAGGACUCACCUGGUGGCGGUCUUUCAACGGGUGCUAAAGCGGGAAUUGGCGUCGGCGUGGCUGUUGCAGCACUUGGUGUAAUAGGGGGUUUGCUUUGGUUUUGCGUUGUCCAUCGACGACGUGCGAGACAGAGCCAGAAAUCUGAGUCCGUACCUGCUAUAUCACAAGGCGGCUCUGAGAACCCUCCUGGAGGUUCUAAAGCCGGAGGAUCCAAAGCCGGAGGUUCUAAAGCGGGUUCAAAGAGACCAUCCGUUGGGAGGUCACAACCUUCUGAUUAUUUCGGGCCAACAGCUAUUCCUGGACCUUUCACUGAGGAGCACACUUCACCAGGAACGACGCCCGGGACCAACAGAGGGGUACCAGCUGUCCCUCAGAGCCCAGGAGAUAUUGCAAGCCCUGUUGAGAUCGAUUCCCGCGUGCAAUCUGAAAUGCCGACUUCUAGUACCAACGAGUCUUCAAUGGCUAAAGGAACGGUGCAACAUCCGGUUGAAUUACCCUGA